AUGCCAUCAAUACAAUCAAAAGUAUUUCCGAUUUAUAUUGAUGAAAUAAGUAAUGGAGAUCAUCAACAAAAUCAUCCAAAUAUUUAUUUAAAUGUUCUCAAAAGUCUUUCUAUUCAUGUUCCAUCAAUUUAUUCAAGAGAAUUUGUUAAUCAACAAUCAAUUCUUGAUAUUAGUUUUAAAGAAGCUCUUUUAACAUCAACAACAUCACUUUUUCCAAAAACAUUUCAGCCAGAAAUUCUUGGUUAUACACUUGUAAAUAUGUUGCUUAUGGAACAACUGGAAAUAUUGUUGAUGAUCUUAACAAAAUUAUUUAAAAAACAAAAAGAGAUAACACAACUUCAAGAAUUUAUUCAAUUAAUUAAAACUAAAAGUUGUUUAGCACAAAAAAUGCAUGGAUCAUGA